AUGAGUUCUGACAGCAGAGUACACCUGGAGUCGUUACCAUCAGGUACCUCGGUGGCGAAUGAUUCCAUUCCGGACUCGCUAGUAACUGAAAUCCGACGGUAUGAAGACUUCUCAACUAUCGAUUGGGUAGAGGCUGCUUCGAGAGAGAACACAUUGAGGAUACGUACAUAUAAAAAUGCCUAUGGAAAGAGUAUAAAUUCGAGAAGACCCAGUGGUCCAAUUGAUCCAGUUUCUGAGAAUGCUGAGGAUUCUAAUGCAUUUGGUUUUGACGUUCUGAAAGGCACAGGUGCUAGAUAUGGAUUGUUGGUUCGCCAGAUGUACUCAGCAGCUCAAAGUUGGCUGGUACUAGCACUGGUUGGAGCUUGUAUUGGUCUCAUUGCUGGGUUCUUAAGCAUUGUAACCGAAUUGCUAUCAGAUUUUAAGACUGGCUAUUGUACUGCUGGCCUCUAUUUAAACGAGAACUUUUGCUGUUCUGGAUAUGAUGAAAGUGAUAUAUGCCCCGAAUGGCACAGGUGGAGCUCGUUCAGUGGUAUCAAUUACGUUAUAUAUAUUGUCUUUUCGACGUUUUUUGCAUUUUUGGCUGCUUUUUUUGUUUACAGCUUUGCUCCGUAUGCUGCAGGAUCAGGAAUUUCGGAAAUCAAGUGUAUUAUUGCUGGUUUUAUCAUGAAUGGGUUCUUGGAUGCAAAGACACUAUUUAUUAAAAGUGUGACCCUGCCAUUGACUAUUGCUUCUGGUCUUAGUGUGGGAAAAGAGGGUCCCUCUGUACAUUAUGCUGUAUGUGUUGGAAACACAGUAGCAGGUUUGUUUCCAAAGUAUCGUGUUUAUAAGACCAAGAUGCGAGAGGUGCUGAGUUCUUGUGCAGCAGCGGGUGUGGCAGUAGCAUUUGGAAGCCCAAUGGGCGGUGUACUAUUCUCUUUGGAAGAAAUGACAUCUUCUUUCCAGCUGAAAUCCAUGUGGAGAAGCUACUUCUGUGCUUUGGUUGCUACUGCAACUCUAGCAUCGGUUAACCCGUUUCGUACAGGGCAAUUGGUUUUGUUCUCAGUCAAAUAUGAUCAUGACUGGCACUUUUUUGAGAUUAUCUUUUUUAUUUUGAUAGGAUUAUUCGGUGGGUUUGGAGGGCUAUUCAUUAUUAAAUGGAAUCUUCGUGUUCAGGCGUUUCGUAAGAAGUAUCUUGGAAACUAUGCUAUACAAGAAGCGACUUUGCUCGCGUUUAUAACUGCUGUUAUCUGUUACUUUAACGAAUUUCUGCGUAUUGACAUGACUGAAAGCAUGCAAAUCUUGUUUCAUGAAUGUGAUCAUGGAUUUGAAGAUAAUGUUACCUGCCAACCAUCUCAUCGAAUGUACCUGGCAACGACAUUGAUAUUUGGUAUGGUCAUAAGAACUAUAUUGACAAUUAUAUCCUAUGGUAGUAAAGUUCCUGCUGGUAUUUUUGUACCAUCAUUGGCGAUUGGAGCUUUAUUUGGAAGGUUUGUAGGAACCGUAGUUUGGUGGUUACAUGAUACGUUUCCAGAUGCUACAUUUUUUUCGAGCUGUCCUCCUGAUGCACCAUGUAUUACUCCUGGAACUUAUGCUCUGCUAGGGUCUGCUGCUUUGUUAAGUGGUGUGAUGAAUAUUACGGUGACGGUUGUUGUGAUCAUAUUCGAAGUAACUGGUGCUUUGCGAUACAUUCUUCCUACUAUGAUUGUCGUAGGAGUCACCAAAGCAGUUGGUGAUUAUUUCGGACCUGGCGGUGGCGGGAUUGCUGACCGUACUAUAGUUGCAAACGGAUACCCAUUUCUAGAAGAUGAUGGGGAUGAUGAGCACAAUCACUAUGCAAAUGACCCUAUAGAGUUGGCCAUGACAAAAGAUCCCAUCCAAAUCCCGAGCAAAAAGUUCACGAUAUCACACAUUCAGAGUUUAUUAGAUGGUAGUAGUCAUCAGUCAUAUCCCGUGGUGGAUAUCGACGACGAAGAUGCUAGCAUUACUAGCAGCAUACCAACAAAGUCCUCGACUACUGCCACCACUAUCAACCAAACUACAAACUAUACAAACAACUAUUUGAUCGGGUACAUAUGGCGUUCUGAGUUGGAAUACAUUGUGGCACACAACCGCGACACACCUGAUAGAUAUGUGUCAUUUGACAGUUUAGAAUCGUCAGAAGACUCACUAAACUUUUCGCGUCUCGUCAACUUUUCACCAGUUGUCGUUCAGAACAAUACUCCGUUGUCAAAAGUUAUUGCUCUCUUCUCGAAAGUAGGACCACGCAUUGUAUAUGUUGAGCGCAAUAAAUCAGGUACACUAUGUGGAUUACUGACCCGGAAAGACAUUCUGAAGUAUCAACAUAAAUCAGACUAUGCCAUGGCGCCUCCAGAUAGAUCAGCAGCAGAAGAAAUGGAUCGAAAGAUCUGGGAGCUUUUAUCGCAAGCGAUAUCUAAAGUUCAAGAGUUAGUUCGUAGAUAG